UAGAAUAUACAAACGGAAAAGUUUCUGCCUCCAGUAAUGGUGUUCACAGCAAAAGAGACCUUGUCGGAUCGAGCGACCUCGUUUACGAUCGACGCCAUCGAUGAGUUGAAGCUGAGCUUAUUUGAUGAGGACAGGCCUAUUUCGGCGCAUAAGCGGGAGAGUCUACGGUGGAUCGACAGAAAGCGGUGGCGGCGAGGGUCACGCUCAGUGUCCGGACGGAGCACCGAUCGAAGUGGGAUUCGGCAGAGGUGUUGCUCGGUGGGGGCGUCAGCGGCUUACCCAACUUGGUAUGAUUUUCCAAUGGCGAUGGGGACUGAUUCAAGUGGGGAGUUGUUUGUGAAUGGGGACGCCAAUUGGGCAUCGGAUGUGAGUGAGGCAGCAAAGAAUUCGAGGAGAGAGAGAGAUGGCGGGAAUGGGGAGAGAGAGAAUUUGAUUAGUGGGUUUGGGCAAAUUGGCAAUUUUGAUAAUCAGGGGAAUGAGUCAUGUUUUGAUUUUUAUCCCUCUCUUGUUUGGCCACUGCUAUUUUGGAUGCAAGGGUAGGAUGUCUUCAUUAUUUUUAACAGUUUGGUGAAUGCUUAUAGAGUGGUCUUUAGGGAGUGGGAUAGAGUAGUGUCGAUUUAUUCUUUCAUAGAAACAAUUUUGAAGCCUGUUGGAGCAUUAAAGAAUUUGUGUGUAAGGUGUAUUUAAGAGAAUUUUACUCGUUUGGAGUUUGGAGCCACCGAUCUCCGGUGCGGUUCUUCUUUGCGGUCGCCGGACCCCUUGCUCGAAGUUCAGUCAGUCGCCCCCCUCGUCAUAAGAAUUGGUUAUGAGGGAUGGGAUGGAAAGGGACACAAAUUUAAUUGAGGAAUGAAUUGAAAACAGAGGAGCUUUGACAAAAAUUGAAUUGUUUUUAAGAAGAUAGAGAAAAAGAUUAAUUGGUCCCACCCGAAGAGAGCACUAGCGGCUGCGGUGGAGUUGGAGAAGACGAAGGCCAAAGCCUGCCGGGGAACUGAUUACCUCGCGAGAUGAAGAAAAUCAACGAAGGAGGUGGAGUUUUUAUUUGGAUUGCAGAUCGGUGGUGGAAGACUCGGAGAUAGAGAAGUGUGGUGAGGUUGAGAGAGAAAAAAAUAAGUUGAAGUUUGGUAGUCGGUAGUGGCUCCGGUGAGGUUCUUGUCACCAGACAUCUCACAUAAUCCUUGUCUGCUGCAGAAUAGAGAAAGGGGAGGAGGAGAGGGAUGAAAUUAAAAAAAGGGGCAAAAGGGUUGUGCUAAUCAACUGUUGACGCGUGUCUAGGCCCUUUUUUCGGUGAUAAGUAGUCAGCCAAAUUAGCUACUCACUGGUGAAUAGCUUCACCCUACUCACCCCUAAUAUGUUCCAAUAACAGCAUACCACAUCAACUUUAAUAACUAAAUAACCCAUGGUUUCAUGUAUUUUUUC